AGGAGACAGAAGAGGAGAAAGAGAAAGAGAAGUAGACAGAAGAGGAGACAGAGAAGGAGACAGAAGCGGUGAGACAGAGAAAUAGACAGAAGAGGACACAGAGAAGGAGACAGAGGAGGAGACAAACAGUUCAAGCUGAGCUGAUUAAAGAGGAGCAGAUAUGCAGAGGUGCAUCAUGGGAAUGUCUUAGGUCCAUAAAGACACAGACGUGAACACCUUUGUCCUCUAGUUCCACCUCCACCACAUCCACCCAGCAUGCUGGCCAAGUUAUCCCAGGGAAGGAGCUCUGCGGGUGGGGCAGGAGGGCUGCUGCUGCCCCCUGUGCUGCUGGGACUGAUGAUGAUGAUGAUGAUGAUGAUGAUGAUGAUGAUGAUGGCAGUGGAGGCAGCGAGUGUCGAUGACGUCGAGAGCGAAGAGAGUCUGGAGAUCCUGGAUGAGGACGAGGCUGUGGACAUCCUGGAGCCGGCGUCCUCGGAUGCGUCCAGACUGUCUCCUUUCAGCUCCUGGCUGAUCUUUAGAAGAAACUCCAACAAGGGGGAGAACCGGAGAAUCAAAGGGUCGAGGAGAACGUCCAAGCACGGCCUACCUGGACCUCCAGGACCUCCUGGACCUCCUGGACCUCCUGGACCUCCUGGACCCCAGGGGCCUCCAGGACCUCUUGGGCCUCUGGGCCCCGCCGCCCCCCUCUUACCCCAACAACAGGAGCUGAAACAGAGAGACAUGGUGGGAGGAGCCAGCGUCCUGUGUGAUCAUCCCCGUGUCUCCGCCUCUUUCGUCAGUCAUCUCCUGCAGCCAAUCACCAUUCAACGCCGCAGUCUGCUGGAGCUGCAGCCAUUCAGCGAGCCCUCAGACUCUGGGCGGAGCCUCCAGAGAGGUCACAGCUUCAACAGCAGCAGCGGCAGAUACUUGGCCCCCGUCUCUGGAUUCUACCAGCUCACCUGCAGCCUCCUGAUAGAGUCGGGUGACAGAGUUCAGCUUCGCCUCAGAGACAAUGUGAGAGCAUCGAUCUGCAUCGAGUCGUUGUGUCAAAGUAACAUCUCUAUAGAGUCGGUGAUGGGCGUGGCUGCCGCUGGAGGAACCUUCAGCAUCUUACUGACAGGAACUCUUUAUCUACAGGCCGGAGAGUACGUCUCCGUGUUUGUGGACAACGCCAGCAGUUCGUCCCUCAGCGUCCUGCAGGACUCUCUGUUCUCUGGGAUCCUGCUCGGAGUGUGAGCUCAAACACCAACAGAUUACAUCCGUCAGCAGAGUGGAACAGUGGAGGGACAUUUAACAUCGUCCAGUUUUCUCUGAAUCCUCAAACCCCAAAGAGCAGAACCGGACAGAACGUUUGGAUCCAAGCUGGUGUCGGACAUCAAGACCUGAGGCCUGCAGCAACACAACAGGAGCAGACCUCAUGUACACAACUUAGACCUGGUUCAACGCUCACACAUCUGAGGAGCACGGGACAAACUUUCUCAUCUCCAUCACACUGAUUCACUUCCUGUCUGACUCUUCAUUCACAAAACACCAAGGACACAACUUUCACUACUUCAGCUUCACCGUGUCAGAAACAGCUCAUUUAGUUUUUGUCCAAAUUCACUUCUGUUGACAGGUUUGUGAAGGUUUGUCCUUCAGCCAGAGAAGAAGAAAUCAACACACCCAUGGACGCUCAGACAGACAGAAGUGCAUCUUUUAUUUAAAUGACAAAUAUUCUCUAUUCAUGUUGAUAAUUCUAUUUGUGUUAAAACAGUGAAAUAUUUUCUUUCUUUAAUGAAAACCUCCCUCUCCUCAGACUUUCCAUUGCUGCAGCUCCUCUUUUCAGCCUCCGCUCUCGGUUGACCUGACGUUGGAAUGAGGCUUUUCGGACUGGCUGCGAUCUGUGUGUUAGCAUAAUGAACGGCUAGCGGCCGGUCCACACAACACUUCCUGAUCUCGUCAUGUGACAUCAGGAUAAUGUGGAAGUGUGGGCAGGACUACUGACCAGGCGUUAAACACUGAACAAACGUCUUAUUUAAAAGACGAGAAGAUGACGACUUCAUCAGCCUGAAACUCGUGUGUCCUACUUUGUUCUCGCAGUGAAAUAAAAUGCUGAAUGUGUAAAUGCCUGCAAGGUUUCCCUCUAACUUUUUCUAACUGACACAAUCGGGACUCGAAAGAGACGUUACACCAGUAGAAACCUCAGCUGCUGGAGUUGAGUCACUGUUUCCAGGACUGGUGAACAAAGACGUCUGUGUUGGGCUGUAACAUCGUAAGAAACCUCAGUCCGUCUACACAGAAGGAUCCUGACUGAGGCUGACGUCACUCUGGAAGUCUGCUCGGAGAUCUGAGACCAGACAGGCUGAUCACUGCCGAGGACGUCGUUCACACGUUCAUUGGAAGAACCAGAUGUCGUCUGUGCACAUGAAGGUGUGAAUAACAGGUGUGUGCGGCUCACAGGGAGUGAAUCCAUGUUGGUGAGUUGAUGAAGCCACAUGUGAUGAUGCUGAGAGAAACCUGUUGGAGCUGCACUUUGUUCUUCAUGUCGCAGAUCAGAACUGAAACAGAAUCAUCUCCUGACAGCUGCUGUGGAACAAUCAGUGUCUGUGGAGGAGUCAAAGCAGUCCGGUUUCCAGGAGCACCACCUCGUGGACAUUAGAGGAACUGUGGUCAUCUUCUGGGGUCGACCUUUGUUCUGAUGAUAUUUUCAUUUAACAUGUUGUGAAUUCUUUAUGUUUUCAUGCCUUUUUCACCGCCCCCUGCUGGUCACAGACAGUCAUGUAGAUUUAAUGUGUGACGCCUGACCUCAUUUUACUUUAAUAUGAAUAUUUAUUCUCUGGAUGUGAUAAACAUGUGCUGUGUGAAUAAUUAUGAUAAUAAAUAUAUUACUCUCCA